CUUCAGAUUGACUUUUGUCCAUAGAGAACCCAGUAGUGACGUAUUUCAUCAGAGGAAAACAUGGCGGCUUUCCUGACGAGGACCCUGUCGGGGUUGCUGAGGUCGCCGCUAUCCGUGUCUCUGUGCACCCGGACCACGAACGUGGCUCGGCUGUCCGGCGUCAUCCAAGCUGGUCACUCCUUUUAUGUCGGUUCGGCCCCGGCCAAACUUGCUCCGGCGCCUGCUGCAUUCUGUCAAUUAUCCCGGUGCGGCCUCCUCCAAAGGGUAUCGGCUCUUAUCCCCCCUGGGAGUCAGCAGCCCAGCAGAACUCUGACAUACUGCAGUUUAAGGAAGGGAAAGAAAAAGUCUGUAAAGUCUGUGACACAGCGGUUCAUGAGGCUGCAUUGCGGUCUUUGGAUUCGACGCAAGGCUGGAUACAAGAAGAAACUGUGGAAGAAGAAACCUGCCAGACGAAAGCGACUGAGGGAGCACGUCUUUUGUAAUAAAACACAGUGUAAACUGUUAGAUAAAAUGACAUCAUCGUUUUGGAAAAGGAGGAACUGGUUUGUGGACGAUCCAUACCUGAAGUAUCACGACAGAGUUAACCUCAAGUUGUAAUUGAUGUAUUGACGUCUUGUGAUAAUAUAAGCCUGCAAACAAGAUCGGCAUUGCAUCCAUCCAUCCAUCCAUUAUCGCAGCCGCUUAGCCUCACACGGGUCAUGAAUGUUUGGGAGACGAUCCCAGCAAUCUUCAGGAUGUAGGCAGGGUAGUCAGUCAAUCGCGGGGCAUACAAAGCAACAACCAUUCGCGCUCUCAAUCACACCUAAGGACCAUUUGGAGUGUUCCAUUUUAAAUACGCAAGCAGAAACAGUAGUCAGUCACAGAAAAUGUUUGCUUGAUGUUUAAUGACUGUAAAGUGAUUUUUAAACAACAAUAAACCAUGGGAUCAUGUCAUCGCUGCUACUUUUACAUGUAGCGCACAUCAAUUUGAAAUCAUUCUGGCCUGCCAGAACAAAGUCUUAUGGUAGCCCUACAUAGUGGAAGCAUUUAAAAAUCAUUGACAGAUUCACAUUAAUUCACUUCAGAAUUCCAUCUAAAGCAGGGCUGGGGAACCUUCCAAUCGGUGGCCAUUUCCGGUCUUAUUAGGUUUUCCCAGGGAUGUCUGACUUACAAGUAUAAUCUAAGGAUGAAAGACAUUUAUUGUAUAAUUUCAGCAUUUGUGGGUUAAAUGUUUUGGCCUUUUUUUUUAAAGAGUUCCUCUGAGGUUUUAUUUGUUUUUGAUCUAAGUGGUCGGACAGAUGAAAAGCUUGAGUGGGCGGCGUAUGUUACAUUUCCUAAACCUGACCUAGAAUAAUAAUUAUGCAAUGGUGACUUUUGUGAUCAAGGCAUGUGAUAAAUCCCCACUUCCUAUAGGAGGAAAUAAAUUAUCUCUAAUGCUGAAACACGAUUCUUUUUUUUAAAAUCGCGUCCAUUAAAAGGAUACUCAAUGUGUACAGCGAGUGUAUCUACAACCUCCUUGUGAACGGUGUGUAAACAAGACAAUUGUACCUGAGAAGCUAAUUGUUUCAGCAUAAAUGAUGCUGUGAUGACACUACAGUGCACACCCAUCAAAAACCGAGUGAUACUCAAAUGCUGCUCAAGGCUCAGUAACGUGAAGAAAAUGAAGACAAAACACUUGUAAGGGCCCAACGGGGUCAUAAUUCAACAUUACCUCCGGCAUACGGGAAAUGCUCUCUCACUCUUGAAAUGCUUAUUUCAGUAGAAUUUCUUAGAGCACGCUAAUAUAAUGAAUAAGUGGUUUAAGAAUUUCACUUGUGUGAGCUUUUAAUAAUGUGAUCAGUAAUACAGGACUCUGUCCCGGGCAGCCCCUCAUGAAACGCACAGGAUACAUGACGACUUUGGGAAUCUGCAAAAUCUCCCUCAAGAAUUCCACAGUCGAGAAGCUCAGGAAUUAAAAAUACAACCUUUACGCUAUAACAUACGUGAUAUUUUGGUUUGCAUCAAAUGGGCUAAUAAAGGACCAAAUAA